CCGUCAAAUACACAUUGGUGGAUUUCUACAUUUCCUUCAAGCGAAUUCAGAAGGGCAAACGUUAUUUUGCGCAUGACAACCAACUGUUAUCCGUAUCGGAAUUCAAUGUUUUUACCUUUUGUCAAACUUUUCUGAACUGUCUAUCUGUCUGUGUCUAUUUUGAGAUUAUCAUCGUUACCUGUUUUUGGACGUCAGCAUCGGUGGGGUGUCCUACUCUGACUAAGAACAUAUGUGCCUGGGAGUGUGACACACCUCUGUUCCAUGGCUACCUCUGGCUCCACCCCUCGUCUUCCUACCACCAUUGCUGCCACCGUGCCUGAGGAUUUCCAUUAUGAAACCAAGUAUAUCGUGCUCACCUACCUGGGACGGCUGCCCGCUGGUAGGCGGCGUGCUGCACCCACCGUAGCUGAAGGAGAGUCAGAGCAAGUGUGCACCACCAGAAUUUUUAAAGAGCAGGCAGAAGAGGAGCUCAGACGACUUGAGGAUGAAAUUGCUGCUUCCUUUUCCAGGACCGGCUUCGACUGCUCCACAUCGCUGGUGUUCAAUCCAAUCAACCCCGAGACAUCAAUUGAAGACCGUCUCGCUGAGUUGGGCGAUCGGGUGGUCCGAGAGCUGGACCCCCACCUGAGAGGAGCUGUACACGGACUCCUUGCUGGGCCUCUAGAAUUUGAGCGAUUCCAAGAUACAACACUGGACCUUUUAACACACACACAUGGCGGGUGGAGCAAGGUGCUUGUGCCUUUGGUCCUGCUUCAGGCUUUACAAAGUGAAGGUCAGUCUUUCUCAAACCUGCUUGAUCUUGGAGUGCGCUUCCUGGAGGAGUCUCAGGGUGACUACAUCAGCCAGCACGGGGGAUACGGUGAAAUUUUUGGCCUUGGUUCAGAAGAGCAGGGAGCCGUCGCCAUCGCCGAAGACAGCAACGACAUCUACAUCCUGUCGGGGGAGCAAGCGCCCGACCAGCUGAGCCCGCCGUCGUCUCUGCUGUGCACGGCUAACAACAGCAGCGGGCACAGCUCCUGGCAGACGGAGAGCUUACCCGUGUCGCUGGCCGGCCACGAGUCGUGGGCACAGGUGUGCGCGAUGGACCCCGAAGAUAUCAAGAGCCUGGACAGCAACGAGGGCGUAGCUCUGGCCGAGGAGCGCAGCGAAAACAACUCUUCCAACUCGGACAUAGUCCACGUGGAGCGUGAGGAGGCUGAGCUGCUGGAGGAGGGCGGAGUGAUUGAGGAGAGCAUGAUGAGUGUUUUGGGCACAGAGAGUGAGCUGGCCCAACUCAGAGAGGAAAUUAGGAGCCAGAGUCCAGUAGCUCCUGUGACCUUGGAGGAACCUGCCUCCCUGAUUUCACUGGAAGAGCCUGUUGUAAUAGAUACACCUUUAAGCUUGUCAACAGAACCUUCUCUCAUCUCUUUAGAAUCAGAGCUUCCUCCUCCAGUCCCAGAAGCUGCUGCUCCCCCUGCGGCUGAACCACAACCUCCGGCGCCCCUCCCUCUUCCUGUUGUGGAACCAGAGCCUGAUGCAAAAAGCGCAACUCCUGAGGCUGCACCGGCAUCUCCAGCUGAGCAAGGCCAGACGGCAGAGCCCGAAACCGCCUCUGAACCACAAUUGCAGACUGGAACUCUGCCUCUCCAACAAGAACCCGAGGCCCCAAGUCAGCCUGAGGUACCACCAGCUGCAACUCCAGUCCCAGAGACCCCCGUGCAGGCAGUCAGCGAGGAGGCCGCAGCGCAGCCAGCUCCAGCAUCGGAGUUUCAAGUUCUGUUCUACGGAGGAGCUGCCCUUGUCCUUCUCGCUGCUGUCAUGGCUUAUGGUGUCAUUAGCUACAGGAGGAAGUAGAAUAGACACGUGUCCCACAGGGGGGGUGGGGGGGGGGGCUUAGCUCACACCUAAUAAUUGGAAGUUGCGAUAGAAAUCAAAUGAUUAAGUACACUGAAGAUGCAUUUGUUCCGAGGCCACAUUCUAAAACCCAUCACCCUUAUGAAGACGACGCCUCGAACCCACCCGGCAGGUGCAAGUACAGAGAAGGGAAAUUAUGCACUCCGCUCAUCCAGUCUUCAAACUUGACAGUCAGUUUUGGUUUCUGUUUUUUUUUUUUCUUCCUUUUUCCUUAUCAGUACCUGUGCCAUGUGAUUCUCCUUGCAGUGUGUAAAAUUUCCUAAUGGAUUGUACCACUGCUGUUACUCCUAUAUAUAUAUUUUAAAUUUAGUAUCGAUGCUAAAAUUCAUACUCAUGAGAUUGUUUGUUUAUUGGUUACAUGGGUCAAAGAAAAACUGCAGCCCAUUUCAAAAAUAAAGUA